CGGGCUGGUCAGCACUACCGGAACUUUGGGAAAGAGCUGGAGGUCAUCAAUCAGCAACCGACGGGGAGCCGACCCGAUGCCACCCUCCCCAGCCGGACUGCAUAUCGCCACAGGAUUCUCGGCCAGCUACGCACUACCCGCUGGAUACCUCCCUAGAGAAAUCUCGGUCCUGGACAUAGACCCCACCACCUUUCCACCCGCCGACAAGCCAACUAUAACCGGCAGCUUCCGCGGUCGCUUCCGCGGGGAUUAAGAACAAUCGAGACUUGGCCGCAAUCGGGUCUUGCCCUUUCGUCGGCGGGACUUCCGGACUGAGCCAGCAGGCGUAUCGUGGCCGACGUGCAGUCGAUCCCAACCGGCCCACUUGGCGCUUGACACGUCGAUCUGCUGCGUGAAAGGUUGAAGAGGUGGCUUUUGAUCGACGUCAAAACUAACCCUAUCUGAGAUGUCUUGCUGCCAGAUCUGACAAACAAUGUAUUGCUCCGUCUCCUCACUG